CGAUCCGAGCGAGGGGUAGUGACAGUUUCUGGAAGUUUCUUCCGAGCAUAUAUAAACUACAGGAGCCCGCAUAGCAACGCUGGCGUGUUUGAGAAGCAACAGCGAGUUGUGCUGUUGGUAGUCGAUGCAUAAGGUUUUUUUUGUUACUCGGCAGGGACAGUAAAUAAAAAUGUCUGUCGUCGGGUUUGAUAUUGGAAUGCAAAAUUGCUACAUCGCCAUCGCCAGAGCCGGGGGCAUCGAGACUAUUGCCAAUGAGUACAGCGACAGAUGUACCCCCUCAGUUGUAUCCUUUGGCUAUAAGAACAGGAUGGUUGGAAAUGCAGCUAAAAGUCAGCUAAUCACAAAUGCCAAGAACACUAUAAUAAACUUCAAAAGAUUCCAUGGUCGAGCUUUUAAUGAUCCUUUCAUUCAAAAUCAGAAAGAUAAGCUAGCUUUUGAUCUUGUGCCGAUGGAAACCGGUGUGGGAAUUAAGGUUAUGUACAUGAAUAAAGAACAGCAUUUCACCACAGAACAGAUUACAGCAAUGUUGCUAAGCAAACUGAAGGCGACCGCUGAAAGUAAUCUGAAAAAGUCUGUAUCUGAUUGUGUAAUUUCUGUACCUUCUUUUUUCACCAAUGCUGAACGGAGUUCAAUACUAAAAGCUGCUGGAAUCGCUGGCUUGAAUUGCUUAAAGUUAAUGAAUGAUCCUACUGCAGCCUGUCUGGCGUAUGGAAUCUACAACCCAGAUCUUCCAUCCCCUGAGGAAAAAUCAAAGAUUGUUGUAUUUGCAGAUAUGGGUCAUUCUGCAUUUCAAGUUUCUGCCUGUGCUUUACAUACGGGAAGCAUGAAGGUUCUUGCUACAGCCUUCGACCCAUAUUUGGGAGGCCAAGACUUUGAUGAAGUAUUGGUGAAGUAUUUUUGUGCAGAGUUUAAAACCAAGUACAAAUUGGAUGUAAAGUCUAACAUCCGGGCUUUGUUGAGACUCUAUCAAGAAUGUGAAAAACUGAAAAAACUCAUGAGUGCUAACUCCAUGGAUACUCCUUUAAAUAUUGAAUGCUUCAUGAAUGAUAUAGAUGUAGCUGGAAAGAUGAAUCGAGCUCACUUUGAGGAAUUAUGUGCAAGCCUGCUACAAAGAGUAGAGACAACCCUUGAGUCACUUAUGGAUCAAACACAGCUGAAACCUGCAGAUGUCAGUACAGUUGAAAUAAUUGGUGGUUCCACGCGUAUACCAGCAGUUAAAGAAAGGAUAGCAAAAUUCUUUGGGAAGAUUACCAGCACCAGACUCAACGCAGAUGAGGCAGUUGCCAGAGGUUGUGCUUUACAGUGUGCAGUACUUUCUCCUGCUUUCAAAGUGCGUGAAUUCUCCAUUACUGAUGUAAUGCCAUUCCCAAUUUCUCUGAGCUGGAAUACGGAAACUGGUGGAGUAGGAGGGAUUUGUGAAGUUUAUCCCAAAAAUCAUGCUGUCCCCUUUUCAAAGCUACUCACCUUUUACAGAAAGCAUCCAUUUGAAUUAGAAGCAUUUUACAGCAAUCCAAACUCACUUCCUUACACAGAGCCAAGAAUAGGACAGUAUAUUAUCCACGAUGUAGUACCUCAAGCAAAUGGUGAAAAGUCCAAAGUGAAGGUGAAAGUAUGUGUCAAUGAUCAUGGAAUCUUUAGUGUUUCAACGGCAUCUAUGAUUGAGAAGGUGGAAAUUUCAGAGAAUGAAGCUACUAUGGAAACAGAUCUGUGCCCCAACACACCUGAUCAUAAGGUAGAGGAUAUUGAUGAGAACAAGAAUCAGUUAGACAGUUCUGAGAUUGAAGUUCAGCCCCAAGUACAAUCAGAUGAUCAAGGUUCUCCACAGUCUCUCUCUUCUACUAAAAUGGACCAAGAAGAAAAUAAAGCUGGAAAUGCUGAAACUAACUGCAAGUCUAAUAUGGACAAGAAAUCAAAUCAACCUCCAGAUCCAAAAAAGCCCAAAAUUAAGUUCAAGACUAUUAAUCUUCCCGUUGAAGAUAAACUGGUGUGGCAGUUUGGGAAGAAUCUACUUGACAUGUAUUUUGAAAAGGAGGGGGAUAUGAUCAUGCAGGAUAAGUUAGAAAAAGAGAGAAGUUAUGCCAAAAAUGCUGUGGAAGAAUACAUAUAUGACUUAAGAGAGAAACUUAAUGGACAAUUUGAAAAAUUUGUCAGUUCCAAGGAUCAGGAAAACAUUUCAUUGCUGUUGUCUGAAACGGAAAAUUGGUUAUAUGAAGAUGGUGACGAUCAAGUUAAACAAGUAUAUAUUGAUAAGUUGUUGGAGCUAAAGAAAUUAGGUACACCAAUUCAGGAAAGAUAUCUGGAAGCUGAAGCGCGGCCGAAAGCUUUUGAUGAGCUUAAUCAAAGACUACAAUAUUAUGCAAAACUAGCAGCGGAAGCCAGGAGCAAAGCUGAAAACUAUAACCCCAUAGAGGCUGCUGAGAUACAUAAAUUGGAAAAGUCAGUGAAUGAAACAAUGGAAUGGAUGAAUAUUGCAAUAGACUCACAAGCCAAACUAAGUUUUGACCAGGAUCCUGUUGUACAUGUGGCUGAAAUUAAAGAUAAACAUAAGGAGCUGGACAACAUCUGCAAUCCAAUAGUAAAUAAACCUAAGCCAAAGGUGGAGAAUCCUAAAGAAGUAAAUCAAACGUUGAAUAUGAAAGUCAAUUCUCAAAACGGAGGUGAGCCAAUGGAGAAUGAAAAUGUUACCAAGGAUACUGCAGUCUCACACAAAAAUGGUGAAUGCACAACAAACAUGGACCUGGAUUAAACUAUGAAGAUUUAAAGGACAUUGUUUUGCCUCUAUUGCUUUUAAAGUCUCUAAAUGUCCAGACACAUUCAUUUAUUCAAAAAAAAAACAACUUUUCUAUUUUUCAUUUAGGCACUGAGGAUGUAGAGUUCAGUAUUAUGUAUUGGUAAAGUAUUAUAUGUAAGAUUCCUGUGGAAUUGUAAAUUUCUAUUAAGUCACCAACAGGGCAUGAUGUAAUUCUUAUUUUGAUGGAGCUUAUUUCUGCAUGAAGCAUCUAGUAUUUCUCCAGCAACUUUGCAAUGUUUAUUUUUAAAGUUUUUGUGCAGUAGUAGGGCCUCAUGGGACAUAUUCUAAGAAUAUAUUAAACUGGAUAUGCUCUUUCUACCAAUAAAUAAACAUUCAACCUGAAGAACUAGUCCUUUUCUGCAAAAUUGCCUCUCCAAAAUAGAAUGCUAUGUUUCUGGUCUCCCAACCACAACAACAGUUGAUAGUCAGGUUUAUUUAUCAUUAGGGCUUCUAUCAAACAAUGUGUGGUAUAUUGCAGGACCUCCUAUGGAAUUCCUGGUAUUUCUCUUUACAAGAUUUUUUUUCCUGUUUUAUCACUGUACACCAGGAAGAGGCCAAAGUCGAAAGUCAGUAGAAGUAGAAGCUGGAAUGUACAAGCCUAAAGGAGUUAUGAGGGUCCACAUCACCAGGGUCAGAAGUACGAAGGUCAAACCCUUGAUUAGUGAGUCCAGUGGUCUAGGCCCAAAGGUCAAACCUGUGAUCAGAGUCCUGGGGUGAAGUCCAAUGUGCGAUGUCUGUUAGUAUGAAAAUCUAGUGACAGGGACUGGAGGCCCAGAGAUGGCUCAUCCUCGGGUUGGAGAUGGUCUGUAUGUCUGGAUUGGUGAGAAGGAUGAGAAAAUGUCUUGUUUUGCUCGUUCUUUUUUUUUUGGUGAGUUUAAACAGUGUGGAGAUGCAAUGAUGGCUCUGGAAUAUGUGGCAACACUUAUGAGCUGCCCCCAGCACGUCCUUGGGUGUGCUGAUUUUUAAUGCAGAAAUCACUUCACUGUAUGUUUUGGUUUACUUAAGAUAAAUAAGUCUGAAUUGUCACCUAAGAACACUGAAGCUGCAUAGGCUUUGGUGAAUUGUGCAUUAAACUGAUGGAAUAAAUAUUAUCAAA